CUUUUCUUUCGGCAUUCGCUUCAUUCCUUUUCUUCAUUCGUUCUUCCUUUUCCUCCACUUGGUCUCUUUCUCCUUUGGUUUCUUAUUCACAUAUUUGAGGUUUCUUUUUUUUUUCUUUUUGUUCAACAACCAUGGUCUACUUCAGCGACGAAGCAAUCAAGAACAACCUGGAGUGGGUUUCAGGGUUGUCAAUUGACACAGAACCCACGGGCGUUCGUCGGUCCUCUAUCAUCUGCACCAUCGGCCCAAAGACAAACUCGGUCGAAAUGAUCACAGCAUUGCGAAAGGAGGGCAUGAACAUCGUGCGCAUGAACUUCAGUCAUGGUUCAUACGAGUACCACAAGUCAGUCAUCGAUAAUACCCGCAAGAGCUGUGCCGAAACUCCAGGCAAACCAGUCGCUAUUGCUCUUGAUACCAAGGGACCCGAGAUCCGUACGGGUGUGAUGGGUGGUGAUGGAAGCGAUGUACCGUUUGUGGCAGGGCAUGAAAUGAUUUUCAGCACAAAGGAUGAAUAUGCAGAAUCCGGUAACGACCAGGUCCUCUAUAUCGAUUACAAGAACCUUCCCAAGGUGAUGUCACCCGGGAAGGUGAUCUUUAUUGAUGAUGGAGUCAUGUCCUUCAAGGUCCUCGAGAUCUUAUCAGAGACCGAUAUCAAGGUCGUGGCUUUAAACAAUGGGAAACUUUCCUCCAGAAAGGGAGUGAACCUGCCCAAGACCAAUGUGGACUUGCCUGCCCUUUCAGAAAAGGAUAAAAAGGAUUUACAGUUCGGUAUUGAGCAUGAUGUGGACAUGAUCUUUGCUUCGUUUAUUCGAAGUGGUGAGGAUGUACGAGAGAUUCGUCGUGUCCUUGGUGAUGCUGGAAAACAUAUCAAGAUCAUCUCGAAGAUUGAGAACCAUCAGGGCGUCCAAAACUUUGAUAGCAUUUUGGCAGAGACUGAUGGAGUGAUGGUGGCCCGUGGUGACUUGGGUAUUGAGAUUCCUUGCUCGACUGUCUUUUUGGCCCAGAAGAUGAUGAUUGCAAAGUGUAGCAUUGCAGGCAAGCCUGUCAUCUGUGCCACACAGAUGCUUGAAUCCAUGACCUACAAUCCUAGACCUACUCGUGCAGAAGUGUCUGACGUUGCAAAUGCGAUUUUAGAUGGAGCGGAUUGUGUAAUGUUAUCAGGAGAGACUGCCAAAGGAUCCUAUCCUCUUGAAGCUGUCCGUACGAUGCAUGAAACAUGUCUCUUAGCAGAGUCCGCUAUCUGCUAUCCUCCCUUGUUCAAUGAGAUCCGAGACUUGACCCCCCGUCCUACUGAGACGACCGAGACUGUGGCUUCAUCUGCAGUGUCUGCAGCACAGGAACAAGCAGCAGGAGCCAUUAUUGUCUUGACAACGAGUGGUACGACCGCCCGAUUGGUAAGCAAAUACAGGCCAAAGUGCCCGAUCAUUGUCUUGACACGCUAUGCAUCCACCGCCAGACAGGUUCAUCUUCACCGAGGCUGCUACCCAUACUUUUAUGAAAUCAAACGAGGUGCUGAUUGGCAGGAGGAUGUCGAUGCUCGUCUCAAGUACGGCAUGAGGAAGGCUAUAGAGGACGGCCUUCUAAAGAAGGGUGACGUGAUAGUCAUGAUCCAAGGUUGGAAGGGAGGUCUUGGCAACACAAACACUCUUCGUGUCCUCCAUGCCGAAUAGAUAG